AUGUGCCAGGCGGAUUGCUUGCAGCAAUACCGAUUAAAGCAGGGCUGCCCUAUGCAUGACUCCCCAUUCUGUCUUCAGAAUGAAGAUUCCCAGGAAGAGGCUGAUGAUGGUGGUUUGCAAGAGAUGGAGAUUGAGGCAGCAAUGGAAGCAGAGGCUGUGGCUGAGGGGGUAAAAAGAAAGACCAGAGAAGAGGCAGCUUCGCCUGUCCGUGCGGGUGGGGGCCCAGCGGGCAAGAAGUUAACAACCAACGCAAGCCCACCAGCAGGACAACGCAGCCCAGUGCCGCCCACCCAAAGGUCCCCAAGCCCAGAAAGCCCUCCCUUCACACAGGGUGGAAGUGAAGCAGCCCGCUUGUCCAUUCCAAGCUUUGGGAUUGACAUCUACGACCUGAGUCAGACCAGCAAGGCAUCUACCACGGUGAAGGAUCCUAUGCACGACGCCAUAUCAAAUUACUUGGCUUGCAUGGAUGAAGCACAAAGGAACGCUGUGGCAUCAGACUUUGCCUUCCGAACUCGAGAAGUGCUGCCCGCGCCUUUCGGAGUCAGCUUGAGAACCAUUGCCCGCAAGGAAGGCACACGGCUUCGAUUGCAGCCUGAUGAGGAGCACCAACGUGGCUGCGUAGUCCAGAUUGUUUGCGCAGGUGACCCCAGCAUGCGCAAGAGUUCUUUGAAGGAUUUUACCAGCAAAAAGCUUCUUUCCCAUGCAGAUGUCCCUGCUGUCAUCAAGGCAGGGAGACCCGACACUCAGGGUCUGCACUACGGCAACAAAGAAAAGAUGUGCACUUGGCUGAACUGCGAAGGUGACAAGACAGUCACUGGAGAUGGUGCCACUGCGCUGACUCAUUACAUCUUCGUUCACCACGUGUAUGGACAGGUGUCGCUUUGUGAGUAUGUGCUCCAGCCGACUGCAAGCAUGUUUUCCAAGAGAAUCCAUGCGACGUGGCAAACAAGGCCAGUGACAAGUGACCCUGAUCAGCAGAGCCAGUCCAGCAAAGAGUUUCUGAUUGACUUCUUUGGUUGGAUGGGGCGCGUGGCAAGCAACCAGGACAAAGACCACUAUUUUGACAAGUUCGCCUUGCCCGUGCUCAGGAAGGCUUUGCAGGGAAUCUCCGACUUCUUAUGCUCCAAGCAAGUCCAAGCCUUGGUAGGCCCCAAAGCCGUGCCAGAUGUCAAGACCCCAGGACUUGCAGAUUUGGAUGCCAAGAUGAAAUUGCAGCAAGUCAUUCUGUCCAAUCCUCGAUGCGCUGGUCCAACCUCCACUGCGCACAUUCGCUCUGUUCUGAAGUACCACUUUCAGAAGGAGAAAGAAGAAAAACCAGCAAAGUACGUCUUGGCAGCAGUCAAAGACCUCUUGAAAGUUGGCAUCUUGCAAGAGGUUGACAAGAAGGAAGUGGAAGAGCAGGCGCCCAAACUUAAGGACAAGAAAAGCGCCAAGAGCAAGGAGGCCACGCUAAAGAGCGAGCCACGAGGCCCGCCAGGUGGCCACGCUGUCCUGUACUACCAGACAUGUGCCUGGGAAGACCUUUUGACUAAUUCGGAAGCUCAAGACAUGAUUGCCAAGCUGCAACUGAGUGCCAAUGAUUUCAAGUAG